CUGUUUUACCUCAUAUUCGUCUUCCUCUAUGCCUACACACUGCUGGCCGGUCUCAGACCGAACUAUGUAUCGAUCCUGGAAGUGAUCAUUGUCGUGGAGUUGAUCAGCUUUCUGGUGGAAACAGUGUGUGAGUUAGUUCCCUUACUGGAGGGCGUUCGACGUUCCGGCUCAUGCACGCAAACUCUAAAUGAGCUGACACCCUUUUACAAAUACGACUUAAUCCUCAAUGCACUGAAUUUUGUUACCAUCGUUCUCGCACUUGGUCGAUAUGUGCCCUUUGAGGCCAUCAAGACGCUCUACGUGGUUUCUUAUGUUGUUGUUGUUAUUGGAUGA